AAUGGAUGAUGAGGACUGUGAAAGAAGAAGAAUGGAGUGUUUAGAUGAAAUGUCCAAUCUUGAAAAACAAUUUACAGACCUUAAAGAUCAACUUUACAAAGAAAGAUUAAGCCAAGUGGAUGCAAAACUACAAGAGGUCAUAGCCGGAAAAGCACCUGAGUAUUUAGAACCAUUGGCAGCUUUACAAGAAAAUAUGCAAAUCCGAACCAAGGUGGCAGGUAUCUAUAGAGAGCUUUGUCUGGAAUCUGUGAAGAACAAGUAUGAAUGUGAAAUUCAAGCCUCUCGACAGCACUGUGAG